AUGUCUUCCAUGAUAUCUUCUCUCACAAAUCAAUCGAUCGAAAAACAAGAACCCUUGGUUCAUAUUUUAGAAAAACAGGCAAAGGAAUUUGAAGAAUUUGGUAAACGCAUGAGCGUAGAAUUACAAUCUUCUUAUCAAGAUUAUAUUCGACAACAUGAACCAAACAUACCAAAAUCGGAUACGGAGUCUGAAGUGAAGAGCGCAAUCACUUGUGAAUGUAAAGAAAAAACCAAAUUAAUUAAUUCCAUGAAGGCUCGUAUUGAAGAAUUAGAAUCAGAAUCCAUUAUUAAAAAUCAAGAAAUUAAAAAACUUCAAAUAGAUGUUCAAUCACUUUUUGAUAUGCUCUCAAAGAAAGGUAUUACGGAAGUUGGAAGAGUCAAUCCUAUACCCACCCAGAUCACUAUUACCUCCGAGAUUGAAGAAGAUAAUCAAGUUGAUAUCGGAAUAACUCUGAGAAAAGAGAAACAAGAGAUUGAGAAAGAUAGACUAUCGGUUAAAAGUUUUGAUAUUAAAAAUAGCUACUCGGAUUCUGCAUUAGAUCUAUUUACAGAUGAUGAUGAUUAUUAUUCUUCAUCGAGUGAAGAAUCGAUUAAGACGGAACCCAAUUGGAUAGAUCCCAAGAAGCUCAAUAAUAAGUAUGACAAACCUUCAGAAUGGCUUGAUGUUUCCCCGACAUUGAUACAGGAAAGAAUUUAUCGUGCAAAGUCCGAUAAAAAAAAUUUAGAUCGUUGGAAUUCUAAAAUGGCUUCUAACGGUCUAUUACCAAUCUCGUUGGUUGGAAAAGUUGAUGCCGAAAAAGAAAAGAAAAUACAGACUCAUCGAAAAAGACACAGUACAUCUGCGAUCUGGGUAAAAACUUAUGAGAAUAAACCAACUUUGAAGAGAGAGGAGAAAUUUAAAAUGCCAUCAUUUAAAUUUCCUUUUAAUACGACCGAUGAUAACAAAACAAAACAAAAGGAAAUUAAAGAUACUUCUAUCCCUCCUAUAUCUUUAAAAAGUUCAGUUAGUACUUCCAUAUUUGAAACCUCUACUACUACUUCUUUGAUCUCUUUUGAAACUCAGAAACUUAAUAACAAUAGCAAAGCCCAACAAAUGCUUGCCUUGUAUAAAUAA